UAACACAUGGCAAUACUAUUUGCCGCGCGCGUUUGUUUUGUUUUUUGAUUGGAUGUGCAUGUUGAUAGAAGUUCGAUUAUUUUCCAUAUUAAUAAGCAAAAUCUUAUCUUUGCUAUUUUAUAAUUUCUUAUAAUUCAUUAAUUUUUAUAUUAUUUUAUUAACUCAUAAUCAUGCGCCCGAAAUGCACCACAGCUAUAUUAAAAAGAUUGAGAGAUGUGAUGAAAAACACAAAAUAUGUUUGUCAAAGUUUACAAGCUUAUGUCAUACCAUCCUGCGAUGCUCACCAGAGUGAAUACAUUGCGUCAUGUGAUCAAAGACGAGCUUUUAUCUCUGGAUUCACUGGCAGUGUUGGUACUGCAAUUGUAACAGAGAAACAUGCUGCCUUGUGGACAGAUGGAAGAUAUUUUCUUCAAGCUGAACAGGAGUUGGAUGAAAAUUGGAUUUUAAUGAAAGUUGGUGCUACUGGUACUCCUACUUAUGGUCAGUUUUUAUCUGAUGUUUUACCUUUGGGUAGCCAUGUAGGUGUUGAUCCAUUUCUUAUGUCUUAUGAUUCAUGGGACACUUUAUGUAAAGAACUAAAAAAUAAAGGUCAUAGCUUAGUUCCUGUUCAAGAAAAUUUAGUCGAUGUUAUUUGGGAUGAUAAACCAGACCGUCCUCUUAAUAAAGUCGAGUGCCUUCCAGUGAAUUAUGCAGGGAAAACCUGGCAUGAAAAAGUAUGGGAAGUACAGAAAGAAAUGCAAAAAGAAGGUGCUUCAGUUCUUAUAGUUACUGCUCUGGAUGAGAUAGCUUGGUUAUUCAAUCUCCGUGGUUGUGAUAUUCAGUAUAAUCCAGUUUUCUAUUCUUAUGCUGCUGUAACUUUAAAUUCAGUAUAUUUCUUUAUUGACCCUGAGAGACUUUCUCCUGAAGCAAAAGCAAGUUUAGAAAAUACAUCUCAGGGGAAUAUGAACUUACAGUUUUGUUCUUAUGACAACUUAACUGAUACCUUAAAAAACAUAAUAAAUACUAAAAAUGAAGGCAAAAUAUGGAUAAGUAAAGAAUCAAGUUAUGCUAUUGUUUCCCUAAUCCCUCAGGAAAGGCAGUUACUAAAAAUAACUCCUAUCAACUUGAAAAAAGCCAUAAAAAAUGAGCAAGAAAUUAAAAGUUCCCAAAAUGCUCAUAUUAAAGAUGGUGUUGCUCUCUGUGAAUUCUUUUGUUGGGUGUCUAAGGAAAUUAGCAAUGGAAACUUGACAGAAAUCGAUGCAGCCAACAAGUUAGAAGAAUUCAAAAAGUUACAAAGUGAUUAUGUUGGACCAAGUUUUGAAACAAUAUCUUCAUCUGGGCCAAAUGGAUCAAUAAUUCAUUACCAACCCACAGAAGCAACUAACAGAAAAGUAACACAUGAAGAAAUUUAUUUGUGUGAUUGUGGUAGUCAGUACAGAGAUGGAGGAACUACUGAUGUUACCAGAACAUGGCAUUUUGGAACUCCGUCUGCAUUUGAAAAAGUUUGCUAUACUUUGGUUCUGAAGGGUCAUAUAGCACUUUCGUCUGCAAUAUUUCCUAAAGCUACAACAGGUUAUAGGCUUGAUAGUUUUGCUCGACGACCUCUUUGGGAGUACGGCCUUGAUUACAGUCAUGGAACUGGCCAUGGAGUGGGAGCUUAUUUGAAUGUGCAUGAAGGGCCAAUGGGUAUCAGUUAUAGAUCUCUGCCUAAUGACCCUGGUCUUCAGCCAGGAAUGAUUCUUUCAAUAGAACCAGGUUUUUAUGAAGAUGGAAAAUUUGGCAUAAGAUUAGAAAACUUAGCUCUUGUCAAAGAAGCUGAAACUUCACAUAACUUUCAAAAUACAGGUUUUAUCACAUUUGAACCAUUAACUCUUGUUCCUUUUCAAGCUAAGCUUAUUGAUCCUUCACUGUUGACUGACAAAGAGAUCAAAUGGAUCAAUGACUAUCAUGUGAACUGUAAAGAAGUGAUAGGAAAGAUUUUGGAAGAGGAAGGCAAAACUGAGGCUCUUCAGUGGCUUUUAAAAGAAACUCAGCCGCUUGGAUAAAUCGAGUUUUUGAAAUUGAUUGCUCAAUUUUUUUACAUUUGUGUGAAUUUUUAUUUAUUUUUUAAAUAAAUAUUUGUGCAGUUA